GAGGAGUACUUCUGGUUAUCAGCCCUUUGAAGCUACCCCCUGGAGAGUUAUGCAUAUACUAGUUCAAACUGGAUUCUCCAGGGACCAACAGAGAGGGACAAAAAAAUUUUGAUGCAUCCAGCAAACAGACAGGAACCUUGGUCCACAGACAGCCCCAAUCCUUUGGAUAGGUUUGGAAGGUCUGGGCAUACUGAAGCCCCAUAAGACUGAAUGCUGAGAUUGAUUUGCAGCCACAAGGAUUCCCCCUUGAUGGGAAUUUGAAGGACGGCUCCUGCCACAAUCCAUGUUUGGGUUGGAUGGUGCCUGAUUAGCCGAUGGCAGCACAAUGUGUAACAAAGGUGGAGCUGACCAUCUCCUGCAACAAUCUCCUGGAUAAAGAUGUUGGUUCAAAGUCAGACCCCCUGUGUGUACUUCUCCAUAAUACAAGUGGGCAGCAGUGGUAUGAGGUUGAUCGCACAGAAAGGGUUAAGAAUUCCUUGAACCCGAAGUUCGCCAAGAGGUUCCUAAUUGAUUACUACUUUGAACUGGUUCAGAAGUUUAAAUUUGGGAUUUAUGACAUUGACAACAAAACCAUUGAUCUAAGCGAUGAUGACUUCCUGGGAGAAUUUGAAUGCACUCUGGGACAAAUAGUCUCCAGCAAGACCCUGACAAGACCAUUAAUGUUGAAAAAUGGUAAACCUGCAGGGAAAGGAAGCAUUACGAUUACAGCAGAAGAAGUAAAGGAUAAUAGAGUGGUCUUAUUUGAAAUAGAAGCAAGGAAACUAGAUAAUAAGGAUUUUUUUGGAAAGUCAGACCCUUUUUUGGAAUUCCACAAGCAGACCUCGGAAGGAAACUGGGUGAUGGUUCACAGAACUGAGGUUAUAAAAAACAACUUGAAUCCUGUCUGGAAGCCCUUUAAAAUAUCCCUCAAUUCUCUGUGUUACAGUGAUAUGGAUAAAACAAUUAAGGUAGUGUGCUAUGAUUAUGACAAUGAUGGGUCUCAUGAUCUCAUUGGGAGUUUUCUAACCACAAUGUCAAAACUGAAGGAAGCUUCUCGAUCCUCACCGGCUGAAUUUGAAUGCAUCAACGAGAAGAAGAGACAAAAGAAGAAAAGCUACAAAAAUUCUGGUGUCGUGAGUGUGAAACACUGUGAGAUUAUAGUAGAAUGCACAUUCCUUGAUUACAUCAUGGGAGGAUGUCAGCUGAAUUUCACUGUGGGGAUAGAUUUUACUGGCUCCAAUGGGGACCCUCGCUCACCAGACUCUCUACAUUUCAUCAGCCCUAAUGGGGUUAAUGAAUACCUGACAGCCAUUUGGUCUGUAGGAAUGGUCAUUCAGGACUAUGAUGCAGAUAAAAUGUUUCCAGCCUUUGGAUUUGGUGCACAGAUUCCACCUUCCUUUCAGGUAUCUCAUGAGUUUCCGUUAAACUUUAACCCAUCAAAUCCAUUCUGCACUGGAAUCCAAGGCAUUAUUGAUGCAUACCGGGCCUGCCUUCCUCAAAUAAAAUUAUAUGGGCCAACCAAUUUUUCUCCAAUAAUAAACCAUGUGGCUAAAUUUGCUGGUGCAGCUGCACAGCAACAGACAGCAUCACAAUAUUUUGUGCUCCUAAUAAUCACGGAUGGUGUGAUAACAGACCUUGAUGCAACCAGAUCUGCCAUAGUUAACGCCGCAAAGCUUCCCAUGUCCAUUAUCAUUGUUGGCGUUGGAGGAGCUGAUUUCAGUGCCAUGGAGUUUCUUGAUGGUGACAAUGGAAGUCUCAGGUCCCCAACUGGAGAGCCAGCUAUCAGAGACAUUGUACAGUUUGUGCCAUUUAGGCAGUUCCAAAGUGCUCCCAAAGAAGCUUUGUCUCAGUGUGUCCUGGCGGAAGUGCCUCAGCAAGUGGUAAACUACUUCAGCACAUACAAACUACAGCCUCCCAAGAAUCCUGCCACAAAGUGAGAGAGCACUGAGUGGGAGAGGCGAGUGAGGCUAACCCAGUUGGGAUUCCUGCAACUUUCGCAUGUCAAUGGACUUGGGUCUUGAGACUUUUUUUUUAUACAUUGAUUCAUACAUGUUAAUGUCUGUUUGCUUUUGCAUGGAAAUGUACAUUGCCAGUUUUUUUUACUUGAGACAAAGAUGUAUCCCAGUUUAAUACUCAUGUUGAUUAUGAUAAAGGCUCCAGCUGGGCAAAUUUGGUAGAAAAUAACAUGUCAAGAAGUAAGCUGAAUAUGAAAAUCGUGAAUAGACUGUGCCAAGUUGUUGGGUGUGGUGCUGUUGCAUUGUGUGGCAGAGCUGGUGUAAUAAGGUCAUCAAGCUGGCUGAACUGCUCCAGGGAGAUUCACCCCAAUGUGACAUGGUUCUUCAGUACUGUAGAGCUGAUGUAGCAGGGGUGGGCAAACUUUUUGGCCUGAGGGCCAUAUAUUAGGGUUGCAAAACUGUAUGGAGGGCCUGGUAGGGAAGGCUGUGCCUCCCGAAAAAGCCUGGCUGGCUGCCUCCCCCUACUCCUUGUCCCCUGACUGCCCCCUCCUGGGACCCCUGCCCCAACCUCCCUGUCCCCUGACUGCCUCGACCUCUAUCUACACCUCUGCCCCCAACAGGCCCCCUCAGGACUCCCACACCUAUCCAACUCCCCUUGACCUCUAUCCACACGUCCGCCCCCAACAGGCCCCCUCAGGACUCCCACGCUUGUUCAACCGCCCCUGUUCCCCAGCCCCUGACUGCCCCAGAACUUCUGCCCCAUCCAACCGCCCCCUGCUCCGUGUCCUCCUCCUGGAACCUUCAGCCCCUUAUCCAACCUCCUUACCAUGCCACUCAGAGCAGCAUGUCUAGCAGCCAUGCCGCGUGGCUGGAGCUAGACACACUGAUGCUCUGCUUGGCAGGAGCGUGCCAUUCCACCAUCCAGAGCACUGCCACAUGGUGGUGUAGCUGCGGGGGAGGGUGGACAGCAGGGGUGGGACCGGAGACUAGCCUCCCUGUCCUGGAGCUCAAGGGCUGGGCAGGACAGUCAAGGGCUGUAGUUGCCCACCUCUGGCCUACAGAGAAGGGUAUUCCAAAACACACUGUUGGCCUUCAGUGCAGAUGCUAUAAAAAGUUUUAAGAUUUAUAUGACAAUAUACUGUGCUGGAAAACUGCAAAUACAAAUCACUUUAUGCAAAGCUUUCACAUGUGACUAUUAAUUGACCUUGGUGGGUAAUAGUACAAAUUCCAUUGCUAAAGAGGAAAACAAAACUUUUCACUCUAAUUUUUAAGUUGCUUUAUAUAUAUUUUUUUGUAAUUGUAUCUUCUCAUAUGCAAAGAGCUUUUGAAAGGACUACGGAAUGUGCCAUUUUAACUUGUUUUGUGCAGGUCUUUAGAUGCCCCCUAGUUAGCUUUAAAGUGAGUGAUCUUUUAUUUUGAUGGCAGUACUCUCUCAGCUACAUUUGUAUUAGUGGUGACCUGCAAUUUAAUUUUUUGAAAAAAUUUGCUUUGUGCCUUUUUUGUUUCUUCAUGGUAUACUUAGAAGGCUGAAAAAAAACUUCUCUGCUUGCUAUUUUUAAAUCUUUACAUCAUGGCUAUCAAGCCUGGUCUGUCUUGGUUUUACUAGAGAAUUACUGGGAGGUCUCUGUAUAUUGUGACCUCUCAUUGGAGUAGAAGGGGUGGGGAUUUGAAUUAUUAAUAUCCUCCCAUUCUUUUCAAGCAUCGGUUAGGCAUUGGUGUUAAACACUGGCGAGUUUUAAACUAAAUAUUAAUCUUGACUCUCACUUACUCAGAUUUCAUUCUCUUGUGUUAAUUUUAUUAGUUCUCCAAUUGCAAUAGGGCGGAGAACUAGAAUUUCUAAGGUCAGACAGAACCUUUCAGGCCUGUAGGUACAACUCAGACAGAAGGAAAAAAGGCACAAGGCUCUUUCCUUUGCAGAUCAUUUUUAUGGAUGCUGUUCUGCAACUACUCAAGUGCAUCACUCCCAUUGACUUCCACAGGAGUCCUAUGUGCAAGGUCACUGCAGAAUCAGACACAGAAUUUGGAAUUCUUUCUUUGUUUGUGCUUACUCUAUUCACCAGUGCAGAUCUAUCUCUCACACUCAACUAUGUGCUCAACUCCUAGCUUGCUGAAUCCUGCCGCACUACAGUGUCACACGUAGGCCAGUGCAGAUGCUGAUGGGGGUUUUCCCCUGAAGAACUUUUUUAUUUUUUUUUAAAUGUACCUUAGGGAAGACUUGCCAUCCCAGCAUGUAAUCCUGUUAAGUUUUAUUGCUUUUCUUAAGUCCUCUCUCUUUUUUUGGUUGGAUCUUUCUCACUGACAUUUGCCUUGCAGAAUUUAAAGAAUCUGGAUAUUCUGUCUCUCUAGUGGGCAGCUCAAACUUUCCAGGCUCUAUCUCUUGCCCUCUGACUUGAACUCUUAUCUUCCCUUCUUUUCCCACAUUCCACUUAUGUCCUGGGUCACUGGCACAGCAGCUCCUUCUGAUCCUGGUUCUUGCCCAUUUCCUAAAUGUGACUGCUGAACACGUUAAUUCUGUAAUUUUGCAUUUGAAGUGGAUUAGAUUGGGAAACAAUCUGUUUGGCUGACAGGAUUCUGAGUUGUAUAAUGAUAAACGAGAACCAUAUGGGCUAGAAUGAAUUUCCAAAGCAUUACAGUAGCCAUUCUAUGCACUCAGUAGAACACUCUGUUGUAGUAGAUUAGUGUACAUAUAUGCAUUCAUUACGUGCUGAAGCCUCAAGGUUUUGGCUACAUUCUCUGCCAUAUGCAGAUACUAUCAAAAAUCUGUUUGUAUUGCUGACUUAGAUGGACUAUCGUGAUAGCCCUAUGAUGCUGUUUAUGCAUUGUAGAUAGUCAAGUAAAAUGUUAGUUAAUAUAAUUGAAACCAUAUGACUCUUGGUCCCCCCCUUCCCCCCCCCCAGAUCUUCCCAAAUAGCUUAAAUAAUUGAAAUAAUUCAUAUCAUGUCAAGUUCUAACUUUCUAUUUUAAUCUAAUUUGAUUUUUUGUUUACAGAUGAAGAAAUCAGAUACAGAAUCAUUCUUUACACCAGAGAAGUGCAAGUGUUCCUACUUUAUAAGUACAGUACAAUCAUUAAUCACUGUGUCUCAGACACAAAGAAUUAAGUAUUGAGAGCAGGGAACCAAGGGUGUGUCAGCUUCAAUUUGAUAGCAGACUUAUUCACAGUAGUAAACUACUGUAAUUCCAAAUGUGCCAUUUUAAAAAGAGAGAACAAGAUGUGGCAUUAAUUCGUUAUCUAGAAUAACUGAAAUGUAUGGUCAUGAAUGGGAUCCUUUGGCAAUCCUUUCCACGGUCUACCAGAAUGAUUAUGAAGUGGAUUCUUCUGAACUUUGGUAGUGGUAUGCAGUAGCAUUUAAGAAUGUUACUGGGUACUGAUUUUUAGAUAACCUCUGUUAUAUAUGGAAUACAUCCAAUAGAACAUCUGAACAGUUAAGACUAAACAUAAACGCUUCCAGACUUUCUGCAAUAGAGAACGCAUAGUAUUUUAUUUGGCAAGCCCUCCUGCCCUCUGGCAUCUUCAUGUUAGAGAAUGUACCAAUGACACUUAAUAUCAGACUGUAUUUGAAACCCUGCUAGAUUUGCACACAACCCCAACCUCCCCUUCUCUCAGGACUUCAGUACAUAUCUCUGCUAUGUCUUUUUUUUUUUUUUUUUCCUUGGUGUUGCAAGACAGGCCACUCUCUGGUUCCUGAGAUAACUUAAUUGUCCUUUUCUUGUUUUCUCUUAUUCAUAUAUUUAAAAAAAAUAUAUAUAUCCAAACAUAACUACAUGUGGCCUUUUCUGCCUGAAAAAAGAAAGUGUUAACGUGAAGUAAUGUUCCAAGGGGGGAAAUGCAUCAUCAGUUUUUCUAAUUUUAAAUGUAACAAAUGCCUUGGACUAAUGUUGACAAAUCUAACUAUAGUUGUACUUAAUUUUCUGCUUUUCAGUAGGAACAUGCUUGCAGCUUGCUAGCACCACCUUGUGGUAAACGUUUUGUAUAGCAGCCUUCAUAAUCUAAGAAGGUAGAUGUGCUUUUUCCGCUUCGUUUGCUAAUACUAUAUAUGCAUGUGUAUGGUAGAGAAAUAUCCUUAUGACCAGACUUAAAAAAAAAUAAUUUCCUUAUAUAUUUGUGAUAAAUCUAAUUGAUGGAACAAGUAGAUUUUGAUGCCAUAUGACUGAAUUCAUUAAAACUGCAAACUUCGAUAU